GGGCAGCUAUGGGGCGACUUACGCUGUCUCGCAGUACUGCGAGCCCCCCAAGAAGCCGUAGCGGUCGGUGCGACGAAAGGUGGGACCCCCCAGCUCCGAAUCCGACCCCAUAGAGCUGAUAUCGUCGGGGAACGAGCUGAGGGACCCCGACAGGACGCUGACGGAGUCGGCCUCUGCCCCAUAGCGUGUGUGGGGAGGGGGGAUGCCGGGCCCCAGGCUGCUGUGGGACCCACGUGUGGGGCCGUUGGAUGAUGGGGGGCAGCGAGAUGCUUGGGGGUCCCAGAGGGGGGCUGGGGGAUCCAAGAUGGCCGACGGGGUCGGGGCCAAGAUGGCCGACGGGGUGGAGGGGGUCUUUGAGUCCAAGAUGGCUGACGGAGGAGUGGAUGUGGUUGGAUCCAAGAUGGCCGACGUGGUUGGAUCCAAGAUGGCCGACGGGGGGGUGGGGGUCUCGGAGUCCAAGAUGGCCGACGGGGUGGAGGGGGUCUUUGAGUCCAAGAUGGCUGACGGGGGGUUGGAUGUGGUUGGAUCCAAGAUGGCCGCCGUGGUUGGAUCCAAGAUGGCCGACGGGGGGGUGGGGGUCUCGGAGUCCAAGAUGGCCGACGGGGUUGGAUCCAAGAUGGCCGACGUUUGGGUCUUUGAGUCCAAGAUGGCCGACGGGGUUGGAUCCAAGAUGGCCGACAUUGGAUCCAAGAUGGCCGACGGGAUUGGAUCCAAGAUGGCCGACGGGGGGGUGGGGGUCUCUGAGUCCAAGAUGGCUGCCGUUGGAUCCAAGAUGGCCGACGUUGGGGUCUCUAAAUCCAAGAUGGCCGACGUGGUUGGAUCCAAGAUGGCUGACGGGGGGGUGGGGGCCGUAACCUUUGACCCCAAGAUGGCGGAUGUUGGGGUGGGGGUCUCUGAGUCCAAGAUGGCUGCCGUUGGAUCCAAGAUGGCCGACGUUGGGGUCUCUGAAUCCAAGAUGGCCGACGGGGCUGUAUCCAAGAUGGCCGACGUUGGGGUCUUUGAAUCCAAGAUGGCUGACGGGGUUGGAUCCAAGAUGGCCGACGUUGGGGUGGGGGUCGUCACCUUUGACCCCAAGAUGGCGGAUGUUGGGGUGGGGGUCUCUGAGUCCAAGAUGGCCGCCGUUGGAUCCAAGAUGGCCGACGGGGGGAUGUGGGUCGUCACCUUUGACCUUAAAGGGGUCAAUGAUGGGGUCUCUGAAUCCAAGAUGGCGGACGUUGGGGUUGGGGUCAUCACCUUUGACCCCAAGAUGGAGGAUGCUGGAGUGUGGGUUGUGACCUUUGACCCCAAGAUGGCCGACGUGUGUGUCUCCGAAACCAAGAUGGCGGACGUUGGGGUCGUCUCCUUUGACCCGAAGAUAGCCGACGUUGACCUCCGAGCGCUCUCAUUGGCUGACUUAGAUACCGAGAUGGCCGACGCUGACCUCGCAGCCCUCCCAUUGGCUGUUCGUGACCCCAAGAUGGCCGCCGAGCGCACUUCCGGUUUCACAGCAGCAGCUCUUGAUCCUUCAUUGGCUGACCGUGACCCCAAAGUGGCGCCCUUUGACCCCAAGAUGGCCGCCGCCGACCCGUGGGAGUAUUCUGCAUUUUGAUUGGCCGCCGCCGACACCCGGUAGCAUUCCGCCUCCUGAUUGGCCAAUUCUGACCCCCUGUACCAUACCGCCUCCUGAUUGGCCACCGCCGACCCCACACUGGCAUCCAUUGCCCCCCCACCCCCACGUGACCCCGUGCUGACCGCGGCUGACCCCACGUCGUCCAACGUCGACCCGGAAGCGGCGGAAGCGGCUCCCUCGCCAUCACGUGACCCCGCCGUGACCCCCGCUGACCCCUCACUGACCUCCGACGCUUUCACAUCCACUUCCGCCCCCUUCAGGCCCCGCCGCCCCCUCCCCUUGGCCGCCAUUUUGCCCCUGGGAGGAGGCCGCGGCGGCCCCGCGCCUGUAGGCCGCGUUUCCAUGGCAACAAACGGGGCCUUGAAGGAGGCCGACAACCCCCCGGGCCCGUUGCCGUGGAGAUGCGCGCGCAGCGCCUCGCCCGCUUCCGCUUCCGGUUCGGAGAGCCAAUGGGAGAGAGGCACAACCCACUUCCGGGUAGGGCGACUUUCGGGUUGGGCGACUUCCGGGUUCUGCUACUUCCGGGUCCUGCUACUUCCGGGUUCUGCGACUUCCGGGUUCUGCGACUUCCGGUUUUUUCACUUCCGGCUUCCGGUGUGAGCGCUGCCUCUGUGGGAGCGCGACCGUCUGAACGUCUCACUUCCGCUUGCGUCCAUUUCCGGUUCCGGUGGAGCCUAUGGUUUAUGCUAGGCAACCGGGCCCCGUUUUUUGACCCAUUUCCUCGUUUUUUGCCCCAAAAUCAACACCGGAAACCGCUCCUCAUUGCUCCUCCCCCUCACUUCCGCCUUUAUUGCGCUGUCUCUAUUAGCCAGAGCCUCACUUCCGGUCAUCCCUUCUCUCCCGUCCUCUCUAUGGUGCUGGAGGACCGGAAGUGGUUUCUCCUCUCGCGCUCCCAUUGGCGGAGGCUCCUCGGGCUCGCAUCCCAUUGGCUGAUGGCGUUGACUACAUCUCCCGGCAGCCCCCGCGCAGCCGCCAUUUUGAAUUGGGUGGGGGAGACCCAAAAUCGUCCGAAAUAAGCCCAAAAACGGCCCCAAAAUGGGCCAAAAAUGGCCCAAAAUAAAGAACAGAAGCACAAGAAGGACUAAAGGUGACCAAAGUGUCGAUAAUGAGGCUCAAAUUGACCCAAAUGAGAAUGAAAAAACAUUAAA